AUGGGAAUUAUCGACUCCACGCGUGGCCGCAAGGACGCCCAACUGGCGCAGAACGUGGCUGGGGCAGAUUUUCGAGACUUCAAAUACGAAGUGCCAGUGUCUGCGAAUAACAACCACCCGGAUGAGAUCUGUCUGGAGGCCUUGGGAAACAAAGGCCCACAGUCGGAUACUGUGAUUACUCAAGAUGCGCCGCGGGGUGUACAGCAGGCAGAGGCGGCAGCUUUGGCUUGGAGUAGGAAGACGGCCUAUCUGACCUAUGCUUUGAUCUGGCUCUGCUUCUUCAUGUUGGCCCUGCAGUCGUCGAUCAGCACCAAUGUCAUCCAAAACGCGUAUGCAUCUUUUGAGGCAGCACCUCAAGUCAGCACCGCGGGUAUCGCAGCCAGUGUGAUCAGCGGGGUGGUCAGACUGCCAACAGCAAAACUGUUGAAUAUAUGGGGACGAACUGAAGGAUUCCUGGUGUUUCUCGGAGUGUACCUGCUUGGACUUGUCAUUCUCGCAGCAUGCAACAAUCCCAGUUCGUAUGCUGCCGGCUAUGUACUGUAUUGGGUUGGCUACGACGCAGUCUAUCUUAUCCUUGACGUCUUCAUGGCCGACACCUCCGGACUACGCAACCGGGCAUUCGCAUUUGGCUUCGCCAGCACUCCGUUUAUUUGCACGGCAUUCGCCGGGCCUCUAGCAGCAGAGUCAUUCCUCAAAAGAGCCUCGUGGCGCUGGGCAUACGGCGUCUUUGCGAUCGUCAUGCCAUUCGUCUUUCUCCCACUCGCCGUGAUAUUCAAAUACUACCAGCGCAAGGCGGAAAACAUGUACAUCUACGGCCGGGAAUCAAGUGGCCGUAGCGUGCUCGAAUCAGUCAUCCACUACUUUCACGAAUUCGACGUGAUCGGUGCAUUCCUCCUAACCUCCGCCUUCCUCCUCCUUCUCCUCCCUUUCAGCCUCGCUUCGUACGGCCGCGCCGACUACUCUAGCGCGGCAUUUAUCUCCAUGAUCGUCAUCGGCGUCGCAACCUUCAUCCUCUUCGGCCUCUGGGAACGCCACCUCGCCCGCAAUCACUUCAUCCAAUGGCGCGUCUUCAAACACCCUACCGUCGUCGGUGCUUGCGGCCUCGCCGCCUGCCUCUUCUUCAGCUACUACACGUGGGAACUCUACUUUUACAACUUCUGCGUCAUCGUCUACCGCCUCAGCAUCAGCAUGACCGGAUACAUGGGACAGAUCUACAACGUGGGGUCAUGUUUCUGGUCGGCUAUUUUCGGAAUCACCGUCUACGUCACCAAACAAUUCAAGUACACCUGUCUUGGCUUCGGUCUUCCUCUCAUCCUUCUAGGUGCGGGACUAAUGAUCCAUUUUCGCUCCGCGGGGGGGAAUAUCGGAUACGUCGUCAUGUGUCAGAUCUUUAUUGCCUUCGGGGGCGGGACUCUCGUCAUUGGAGAGGAUAUGGCCGUCAUGGCAGCCUCCGAUCGCGAAGGGGUACCGAUGAUGUUAUCCCUCAUCGGGCUGUUCUCGAGUCUCGGGGGAGCGUUGGGGUAUGCGGCUUCGGCGGCCAUCUUUACGAAUACGUUCCCUGGAGCGUUGACGGAUGCGUUGCCGGAGGGGAAGAAAGAUUUAGCGAAUGCCAUCUACACCGGCGGGUAUGUCAAGCAAUUAGAGUAUCCGGUCGGAUCGGCGGUCCGAGACGCGAUUGAUCUAGCGUAUGGCGAGUAUAUGAAGUAUGCGUGUGUGGCGGCGGUAGCGGCCAUGGCGUUGGGGAUUCCGUGUGUGGCGAUGUGGAGGAAUUUCAAGCUAGAUCGGCCGCAGAAUAAGGGGGAGAUGAUUUGA